AUGCCUACUUUACCUGAUGGUACACUCCUGGCCACAUCAGGACACCUCCGAUUAGCUUCAAUCGUCAAUGAUCCCGACUGGUGUCAAGCGGAUUUGGAGCUCACAUGUCCCAAUCAGAGCUGUAAGCAGAAAUCGCUUAUCAGCAUGAUUGGCAAUAGGUACGAGGGCAGAAUGGGAGAUUUGAUGAUUCGUAAUACCUCUGGAGCAAUUCUUACUUGUCCCUACUCUAACUGUGCGAUGCAAGUGGGCGUUGUGAAUCCACUGUUCAAUCCUACCGUCUAUGCUUCAAUGAUUACCGACAGCGUAAAUUCAAGUGAAAUCAAAGAGUUUGAUAUCUCCGAGUCAGCCACUAGGAUAAGCAAAGACUCUGCUCGGGCGUUCUAUAAUGCUCAUCGACGAUAUACUGGUCCAAAGAUCCUACCUGAUAUAGUCUUCUUCGGUCAUACCAGAAUGAAUAACAAGUAUACCAACACUAAAAGCAUCGAAACGAUCAAGCCACACUUCAAAAUUACCCAGUACCCUCUAUCACAAAGUACAGCCAUGUCACCUCAGUACGAACAAUACAGCACGUUACAGCCUGACGGCGAACCUGUUGAAAUCGAUGUUGUUCCGACGUUUUUGGGGUAUGAAGAUACAUCGGCUCACGAUCGUUAUGAUGGUGUGUAUACUUAUGAAGUCGCAGAGGGAGGAGAACAAUCCUCUUCCACAUUGCUGGAUAUAGACACGUAUGGCAUACCCACGAAGUUUACUUAUAAUUGA